ACAUUUUCCUUUCAUACCAAACACUCACACUCAUUACUUAAGUUUUUUGAUUGUGACACUAUUUUUUAUACUAUUGGGUCUAUCAAUAUAUAAACUUACGCUCUACAAAUAAUAGAUGUGAUUUUACUUCGGGAAAAAAGUUUGAAAUAUAUUCAUACUUUAACUGAAAUUACUGAAACAAUUUCAAACUUUGGACAGAAUCUAUUACGUUGCACUGUUUAAUAAUGUAUUUUAAAGAUAUGCAAGUGAUCACAUGAACAUCAUAAAUAUUGUAUCAUUAUAAAUAGUAACUUGUCCAACUGGACACUUAUAUAUCUUGAAUAUACACUAUGAAAUAAUGAACGACAAUACGUCCUGCCCAAAGUUUAAAAUUAUUACACUAAUUUCGUUCAAAGUUCAUAUAUAUUUCAGAAUUUAAUUCUUUUUACUUUCUAUCUAGCAGUGAGGUGUAAAAACAUGUCUUCUAGCUAGGGUUAGGGUUUGUUAAAAGAACACUACCUCUAUUAUUAUAUAUAUAAUAGCUAUAUAUUAGCACAAGAUUUAGUUUCUCCAAAUCCCCCAAAAAUAUCUUCUCCCACUCAUAUUCCAUUAGUCAUUUUAUUUAUAUCUAAAAAACUUAUCUAUCUAUCAUAGUUUAAAAAUGAGAAAAAUUCAACUGUUUGAGAAUCAAGACGAUGAGUCAGUGACAUCAGAAAGCUCAACGAACUCAGCCUUUACAGUAAGGAUCGUGAGAUACAAAGAGUGCCAGAAGAAUCACGCGGCGCGUGUUGGAGGACAUGCAGUAGAUGGUUGCAGAGAGUUUAUGCCAAGUGGUGAAGAAGGUACAAGCAGCGCAUUCAUUUGCGCUGCUUGUGGCUGUCACCGCAAUUUCCACAGAAGAGAGGUGGAAACUGAAGUUGCAUCUCAUUCUCUUUCUUCUUCUUCUUCGUCUUCUUGUGUGCUGUUUUAGUACUUGAAAUCGAUUUAUUUGAUUAAAACGGUUAAUUUUUAUAUUAUUAAUGUGUUUUUUUUUAUGAAUUAUAACCGAUAACUAAUUUUUGUUUUUUGGAAAACUAGUUAAUAUUUUAGUUAUCACUUACACUAGAUUUCGAUCA